AUGUAUUCACUCACUCUCGUCUUACUCGGUGGAUUUUCAGUGUGCUUAGCCCUGAUUUUGAUAUGUCAGCCACCAUCGAUCUACCUUCUCCGAGGAAUAACCAACGGCCCUCUUGUCAGCCACUCUUUUGAGAAAUGGGAAUCACAUUUACUACCAGUAAACCCUCUUCCACGUCAACAUGGUUAUUUCCUUCACAUAACCGAUAUGCAUGUAGACGAAAAUUAUGUGUCAGGAGCAACUGUAGAGUCCGCUUGUCACAAGUUGGCCAAGGAAUCUGAUGUCACUUCUCAGGUAGCUGGCCCAUUAGGUGCACCUGGUGCCAAAUGCGAUUCACCUGCUCGUCUGGCACAAGAAACCCUUGAAUGGGUCGCACGCAACUGGCGAGACAAGCUAGAUUUUGUAGUCUGGACAGGCGAUAGUGCUAGACAUGAUUAUGAUAAAUCCAGAAUGAGAAAACGUAAAGAUAUUUAUACUCUCAACCGCCAAGUGACUGACAUGGUCAAGAAAGCAUUCUGGUCACCACAUCACCCAGUACUGCCUGUCGUUCCCUGUUUAGGAAAUAAUGAUGUAUUCCCUCACAAUGCGAUCGAUGAAAAAGACCAUGAUUUGUUAUCGUUUUAUGAAAAACUGUGGAGACCCUGGAUCCCGACUGGUCAGCGAAAGUCGUUUCGCCAGGGCGCUUAUUUUGCCACUCAGGUUGCACCACAUCUCCGCGUCCUUUCCGUAAAUACUCUCUUAUUCUUCAACCGAAAUCCGUUAAUAGAAGACUGUGGUUCCAAAAACCACCCAGGAGAUGUCCAACUGGCUUGGAUGGAGGAUCAGCUCAGACUAGCAAGGCGAGAGAAGGCAAAAGUCUAUAUAAUGGGACAUGUACCACCCAGUGCGCGUGAUUUCCGGCCAACCUGUCUCGAUAAUUAUAUGGCUACCGUGUCCCAGUACAGCGAUGUCAUCAUGGGUCAGUUUUUUGGCCACUUGAACAUGGAUCAUUUUAUGCUCUAUGACGCCAGUCAGCCAACCAACCAAACCUUCCGACAGACUGACGAGGACAAGGGCGGUGACCUACACGCUACAAGAGAUAUCACCGAGUACGUAAGUUGGCUCCGGGACAUGUACUCAGCCUUGGACCCGGUCACAAGCGAUCCCAAUAAGCUCCCAGACUAUCCCGCAUCUCCCUUGGUAGUCUUGCAAGUGGCUCCGUCUGUUUUACCCAUUUACUGGCCCGCUAUCCGCAUUUACCGGUAUGAAACAAACCCUAGUGCUUCCAAUUACGGGACCCUUCUUGGCUACGCACAGUACCACGCAAAUCAGGCUUCAUACGAUGCCGUACCUGGCAAACCACUUGAAUACCAGCUCGAAUACACAACCGACACUCUUUAUGGAAUGCCUGAUCUGUCGCCAAAAAGCUACCAUGCGCUGGCAAAAAGGAUGGUGAUGGGUGAUGCCAUAGGAAAUGCAACCUGGACAGCGUAUAUUCGUAACAUGUUUGUUCAAGCACGUAACAAUGAAUUUAGCUAA